AUGCGGGCCGUCAUGAAAGGUCGUACCGAGAUUGUUCGACAUCUGCUCGACAGCAACGCCAUUUUAAGCUCUCAACUAAACGAAAACAAGGAAUCCGCUUUGACUCUAGGAUGCGGAUCAUAUUUUAGACCUUCUUAUAGCCAUGGAGCAAAUAUUGAGCAAUUAGAUAAACAAGAUUACACGCCACUCAUGAAAGCUGCCAAGACUGGUAAAAGAGAAAUGGUUGCUGCUUUGUUGGCUGCUGGUACGAGGCAUUACCUCUAUGGAGUGCCUUUAUAG